AUGGAUUCUCCAGAUACUGGUAUCCAUCUUGGAUGUCAAUGCCAAAAUCUUCCCACGCAGUCUCAACUGAGGAUUACCGAUCUUCCUCCGGAAAUCCACCACUACAUCGUAGAUUUCUUGGAUCGGAUCGACAGUACGUGCUUUGGUUUGACCAACCGACACUUCUUUGCGAUUCACCAACGCAGACAUGGCUCUGUUCCACUUUCCACGGGACGAGACAAAUUGAAUGAUAUCGAAUGGGUAUGGGGACUUGCGACGGCAACGAUUGACAAAGAAUCGGGCCUCACGAGCUUCGAAGCAGAUAACAGAGCAAACGUUGACCAAAAGUCAGCAUCAGCUGGGGAACCUACAACUCCCAAUAAGCCUUACUGUCGGAUAUGUAACUUCCUACGGUGCGAGCUUCAUAGGCACUUGAAUGAAUGGAUACCGCGAAACCUUGAGUACUGCUCGGUCUCUCAAAGACUUGGGCCACCAGCAUUAAAAGAUGCAGCUGACUAUUGCCACAGACGUUCUCCCAGGGACCCGCGAAGAUGUGGCAGGCAUCAUCCGAGAGUCCCUGCGGAAACAUCAACCUGUCAGCUGAUGGCAACGAAGGACGGUUGA